GGUGCCGCCGCCCGCAGCCCCGCGGCCCCGCGCCCGUCCGCGCCGCUGGAGGAUGGUGUUGGCCGCCCGUCGCGGAGCGCUGCUGCUGCUGCUCGCCGCCCUCGGGACCUGCCGCCCGCGCGCCGCCCGCACCGCAGAGCCGUGUCCGCGGCGCCUGGACUGCGCCCUACAGCGACGGAAGUUCUGUCCAGUGGGAUCCAGCAGCUGCGGGCCCUGCCUGCCCAACUUCCUGGAGGACAGCCAUGGGCACUGCCUGCAGGAGAAGCGCUCCCCCAGCGGGAGGACAUCUGUUCCCAACGUAGAGGAAGAAAUUGAUUUUCUGGCCGAAGUGCUGGCCAGGCAAGAUGCUACCCGUUCCCAUGCCCUGCGAGAUGGCAAGCCCAGAACCACCCCAGCCCCCACCGGGAAACAGCGAGUGUCCAGCAGGCUGAGGCAGGAGCUUCUGCAGAGGGUCCCAGCUGGCAGCAAGGCAGCAGCCACCCUCCCCACCUCUACCACUGCCACUGCACCCAAGUACCCUGUGGAGGCAGCCCCCGUCCCUUCUAAUGAUGAUGUGGUGCUCGGGCUGAUCGUGGUGUGCACACUGGCUGGGAUCUCUGCUCUGAUUGUGGCCGCAGUCUGCUGGUGCAGGCUGCAGAAGGAGGUCAGGCUGGCACAGAAAGUGGACUACUCAGCACAGAGAGUGGUCAGCCCUCUGCCCUAUGACAAGAUCUCGCCUGGGGACAAGACGCUGGCUCAGAGCGCCCAGAUGUACCACUACCAGCACCAAAAGCAGCAGAUGCUUUCCAUGGAGAAACAUAAAGAAGAGCCCAAGGUGCCGGACUCUGCCUCAUCCGAUGAGGAGAACGAGGACGGAGACUUCACAGUGUACGAGUGCCCCGGGCUGGCUCCGACUGGAGAAAUGGAAGUGAGGAACCCGCUGUUCGACGACUCCUCCCUGCACCCCCCGAACCCCAAAGUGCACCCUUAACACUCCGCACUCGAGCUCUGCGGACCGCACGACCCGGGCAGGGCACGGCCCCCCACCCCGCCGGACUGCUCGACGCCUGCCCAAUAAACACCCACUAACAGCCGUGGGACGGGGGCUGCUCUGCUUCAAGCGUCCUUGUCCUCUUUGCCGCUGUGAUCGCGUCCCUGCCACCCGCCCACUGCUCAGGGGCACCCCGAGGUCUGAGGGGGCCUGGGAUCCCCGCUGUGCUGAGCUUUGCAGAGGGCGGAUGUUCGUGUCCUGGUGCUGCAUCCUCAGCGCCCUGAGCUGCCCCAUCCCAGGCCAGAGCUGAGUGCAGUCCCGGUGCCUCUGAGCUCCCGGGUAGGGGGAUGCUGUAGGCCCGCUGCAGGCGGAGGUCAUCCUCAAGGCCCUGGCAGCUCACCGGGAUCUCACCCCAGGCCUCGUGCAGUCAGAAGGGUUUAAGCUUUUCAGUUUUAAACCAACAGGAGAGAAAGGAGAGAGGAGCACAGGAGCUGCAGGCCAGGGGCACUCGCUGUUCUGCAGUGCUGCGCUGCACCCUGAGCUCCACGGUGCCCGCGGGGUGAGCAUGGCUGAGCCCAGUGCUGAGCAGGGGCAGCCAGGCUGCACCCCCAGCACACCAUCUCCCCUAUCCCCUGCCCUUCUCUGUGCCCAUGGCCCUGCCUGGCAGACCCAUACCUUCCACAGCCUCCCUGUGGACCUGCCCCAAGCAUCUCUCUGUGGCAUGGGUCAGCCUCCUCCCAUCCAUCCUGGGCUCCUGCCCCCACCCGCACUCUGCCCAUGUCUGUGUCCAGGUGGAUCAUGCAGGAUCCAGGGUUUGUGCCCUUGCCAUCUGCUGCUGACAGAUCCCUGAGCCCAAAGCCUGCACUGCAUCGGCCACAACGCCCCUGGCACAGGGACUGAGAUGAGUUUGGGGUUACUUUUCACAGAUGUGGUUUCAUGUCCAGACCUGGCAUGGGCAUUGCAGCUGCAGGUGUUCCUGCUGCAUGCAGGAGGCCCAUUGCAGGCACAGCACAGCGGGGAUGGCAGCGGUUAGCACUGCACAGAUCCUUUCUCUUUGCCGUGCUGUUACACGUGGGUCACUGCCUCUCUCCCUGAGACCAUUGUUAUUGUAUGGAUUGUAGUUAUUUUAAAAGGAGAUUUUAUUAAACAACCAUGUUUGAGACCCA